AUAUGAUUUUUGGUUACUAUUUUCCCUCCGUCUCACUGUCUUUGUCCACUUUUGACUUUUGGAACUGUUCAUCUAAGCACUUUGACUCAUCAAAUUCUCUCAAUGUGUAAGCCUAAAUAUAGUCAUGUGUGAUCUUGUUUGAUUUGUCUUAACAUAUAGAUUAUUAAUAUAUAAUUUCUAUAAUUUUUUAAUAUACAAAUUACAAGAUAAAAUGGAUUAAAGAAGUGCAUUGGAUGGUGUGCCAAAAGAUAAGUGGACAAAGACAGUGAGGCGGAAGGAGUAUAUAAAAAAAUGUUAUGGGUAUAUAAAAAAUGUAUUCUAUUUCUACACCAACACUUUAUUUAUCNGAAUCUUGAUAUUCUUUCUCGAAUGAACUAUGAAGUAUAUGAUUUUUGGUUACUAUUUUCCCUCCGUCUCACUGUCUUUGUCCACUUUUGACUUUUGGAACUGUUCAUCUAAGCACUUUGACUCAUCAAAUUCUCUCAAUGUGUAAGCCUAAAUAUAGUCAUGUGUGAUCUUGUUUGAUUUGUCUUAACAUAUAGAUUAUUAAUAUAUAAUUUCUAUAAUUUUUUAAUAUACAAAUUACAAGAUAAAAUGGAUUAAAGAAGUGCAUUGGAUGUCCACAAAGCCAGUUUGGAGAAUGGAAAGCUGUGGCUCUUCCGGUAUGAUGACGAUGACGACGACGACAAGCAUUCUCUCUCUGCUUUCCAUUUUCUUCUCCUUUCCCCUUCACUCCCACGCUUACACCCCACCUGACCGUUAUUUCAUCAACUGUGGCUCUGAUUCCCCGAUCACCGACAGCCGGAGAACAUUCACCGGCGACGACUUCUUCACCGGCGACAGCACCGAACUCGAAGAUCCCAAUUUCCCACCGUCCCUGCUCUCCAUCUACAAAUCUGCAAGAAUCUUCACUGGAAUUUCUCGGUAUGAAUUGGAGACGGAUCAAAUUGGGCCUUACAUUCUCCGCCUUCAUUUCCACCCCUUUUCUUCUUCCUCCUUCAAUCUCUCCCAAGCCAAAUUCAACGUCUCCGCUUCUGGGCUUUCUCUCCUGUCGAAUUUCAGCGUACCCACUUCCGAAUCCCCCGUCAUAAGAGAAUUCAUACUCCCGGUGAAGGAAAAGAAGCUCAAGAUUCACUUCGUACCUUCUCAAGAAUCAUCCUUUGCGUUUGUGAAUGCAAUCGAAGCUUUCUUGGCCCCCGACAGCUCCAUCGACGACGAAGCUCUACCGGUCGGAAUGGAGAAGAUGAACAUUGUGGUGGGUAACCUGUCAUCGGAUUUCUUAGACGUGAUUCAGAGAAUCAAUGUCGGGGGCUCGAAAAUUACCCAAAAGAAUGAUUCUUUGUGGAGAAAUUGGGUGCCCGAUGAUGAUUAUCUGGUUUUCCGAGAACCAGAGAUUGUGAGUUUGAAUGAUGUUGAUAAACCCUCUUACGCUCCAGAAUGGGCAACUCCAUAUGAUGCUCCUGAUGCCGUUUAUACCUCUGCAAGAGUUUUAACUCUUGACAGUAAUAAUACCAGUAUCAAGAACAUAACCUGGCGAUUUCCCGUGGACAGGAAUUGUUCAUAUUUCUUGAGGCUGCAUUUCUCAGACAUUGUUAGCCCAUCUCGGAACGACACCCAGUUCGAUUUAUUCGUAGACGGGGAAUAUGUGAAAAUGGUGAGUCCAUAUGAUCGAGUUUUCGCCCAAAGAACUCCUUUUUACUUUGACUAUCUCUUCAAUUCAGGGGAUUCUGGUUCCAUGGAUCUCACCGUGAAGCCCCUUCAAGAUUCGACUUCCAAAUCCGCCUUUCUGAACGGCGUGGAGAUUAUGAAGCUGGGAUCGGAGAAAUUCUCGGUGCAAUCCGAGACCCAGCCGAGGUGGAAACGCUUGCUGGUCCCAAUCGGACCGAUCGUCGGCGGUUCUGUUUUCCUCUUUCUGUUCGGAGCUGCUGCGGCGGCGUUUUUCUUCUGUUUGAAUUCAAGAAAGGGGAAACCGGUGGACAAUUCCGACUUCCCGUUCGACCAGAUCUUCGGAGGGAGCUGGCAGAGUCAUCAGAACUCGGAGAAGAACUCCAUUCCCAUGUCUCCCGACGUCAAGAACCUCGGCCUGAAAGUGCCAUUGACCGAAAUCCUCUUCGCGACCAAGAACUUCGACGCGAAGCGGAUGAUCGGGGAAGGAGGGUUCGGGAAGGUGUACAGAGGGACAAUGAGGAACGGAUUAAAGGUGGCCGUGAAGCGAAGCGAGCCCGGACAUGGCCAGGGCUUUCUGGAGUUCCAAACGGAGAUCUUGGUCUUGUCGAAAAUCCGGCACCGGCACUUGGUCUCCUUGAUUGGGUAUUGCGAUGAGAAGUCUGAGAUGAUUCUUGUGUAUGAAUUCAUGGAGAAGGGCACUUUAAGGGAUCAUCUCUACAGUUUUGGGGACAAAUCUUUAUCUUUAUCUUGGGAUCAAAGACUUGAAAUUUGUAUUGGUGCAGCAAAAGGCCUGCACUAUCUCCACGCCGGACUGAACUCGCCGAUCAUACACCGAGAUAUUAAGUCAACGAACAUCCUUCUCGACGAAUCCUACGUGGCAAAGGUCGCCGACUUCGGGAUUUCCCGGUCCGGGGUCCUCGACCAGUCCCACGUCAGCACGGAGGUGAAGGGCAGUUUCGGGUAUCUCGACCCCGAGUACUACCGGUGCAUGCAGCUCACCCAAAAGUCCGACGUCUACUCGUUCGGCGUCGUGCUCCUGGAGGUGAUCUGCGCGCGGCCAGCGAUUGACACAUUGCUGCCGCGCGAGCAGGUGAAUCUUGCCGAGUGGGCGAUGACGUGGCAGAGGAAGGGUCAGCUCGGGAAGAUCGUCGACCCCGUUCUGGUUGACCGGAUAAACGCGAGCUCGCUGAGGAAGUUCGGGGAGAUCGCGGAGAAGUGCUUGCAGGACUACGGCGUGGAUCGGCCGAGCAUGGCCGACGUGAUGUGGGACUUAGAGUACGCACUACGCCUCCAACACAGCGGAACGUUCCCCCUGGACCCGCGAGCAGCGGGGGAAGACAGCUCCACCGACGUGUCAUUGCGGUUUCCGGCGCCUGUUUUCCACCGCUUGCCAUCUCAUGCAUCGUCGGCAAACGACGACGAUGCAGGAGACGAAGAGAUGGAUUCGUUGACUACGAACGAAGUGAUAGCGGCCCGUGAGGCUUUUUCCCAGGUCCACAGAGUGAAUGGUGCAAGAUGAUUUUGAUUAUUAGGGCAUGCCCCCUAUUUGGGUAAAUGGGUUAUAAGGCUAAAUCAAUGGUAAUCAAAGAUUAAGGCUAUA